AUGGCAAUGACAGAUCUUCCUGUCGAACUUAUUUAUCCUAUUUUAGAUUUUCUUCAUGCUGAAGAUAUUCUCUUUACGUUUCGUCUUGUCUGCCGACAAUUCUAUAGGAUUGUCGAAAACUACGAUCGAUUAAAGAUCCAGCUCAGGCGGCAAACAUCAAAGGCCGUCAUUCAACGACUAUGCCGCGUCGUUCGACCAAAAAAUGUCACCUCGUUACUUUUUGAAAAGUCUCAUUUGAAUCCAGAUAAUAUCGAAUGUUUUUUUCAGUCUGCUGCCAUUGAUCAAUUCAAUCGACUUCGGUCGCUGACACUUAAUAAUAUCGAAACAGACGAUCUCGAAAGAUUUGUGACUCCUCUUUCGACACUCACAUCUGUCACAGUGAACAUGAAAGCGAACAGUGGACGGCGAUACUACAUUGUAGUACCCUGUUUGACACGGAUAAUCAAUCUAGAAAAUAUUCGUCAACUGACUUUAGAUAUCAACAGUAGAGUCAUAAAUGCAAUAUCGUGGCCAAAAAAUUGUACCAUAGAACAGCUGACACUUCGAUGUUGCUCCUAUCGACAGUUCUGCAAUAUCUUUGAUCGAUCAUCGAAUCUUAAAGACUUCAUCUUGGAUGAUAACUUUACGGGAGAUUUAGACAGUUCAAUUCGUCCGAAAACAUGUCGGUCAUUGACGUCGCUGACAUUGAAGGAAAUCGAUUUACCGAUGGAAGAGCUCGAAUUCUUUCUAUCCCUUCAUCCACGUCUUAUCUCUCUAACAUUGACAACAGAGCAGAAUGUUUCAUGGAACACUUUCCAACAUUUUUCUCGAUGGGAAAAGUUCCUUCAGUCAACUCUACCACUUUUAAAAAAUUUCAAUUUUUCCAUGUCCAAUCAAUGUGACCAAUUUGAGAAUGUCGAAUCUAUACUCUCACCAUUAUGUACAUCAUUCUGGUUAGAAACGAAACGUUGGUUUUUUACUUGUCAAUACACGGAAGGUUCCUCAUUCAAAACUAUUCAACUCUACUCAUCCGCUUAUUCAACUGCCCAAUUUCCCGAUAGUCUCAAUCGUGCCAAUCUAUCUUACGCAAUCACUACAAUGAGCAGCGGCAAUCAACCAAACAGAAGUAGAAUGUGGAGUGCUCGCGUCAAUUUGGACUGGAUGAUCAAUGCAAUCAUUACAAAUACAUUCAAAGUACCCGACCAACAUUAUUUUCGUCAUGUGACAUGUCUAGCUUUCGAUGUCGAUGCCAAUCCAGAAUGGUGGCCAGUAGAUGCGCUGCAAGAGAUCUCAACAUGGAUCGAUCUUUCACAACUUCAUGAAAUCUGGAUAUUGGAAACUUCACCAUAUGAACUGCAAUUUGAUGACAUCAAAUUUCUUCUUGCACAAGCACCACAAGUUCGAACGUUUGGUCUAGCUUAUAAUGGUUUGCCUUCCAGAAUAAUCCAUAUUGGUUCAGUAGUAUCUGGUCGAAUCGAUCAUUUGAAGAUACGCGAUGCGGAUAUUCUAUGCGUAAAGACAACUCUCGAAUAUAUUAAACAUAAAAUACUCCAGGACUAUGAACCACAAUUGAAUUUCUUCAGAGAAAAAACUCGUUUAUUCAAUGAGCAUUUGAUUGAUUCAUUUUCACCGUUACAAUUAAUUACAAUUACUUUUCUAGUUACGACAAUUUGUUUAAGCGCCUAUCAAUUUUUAUUUGAACAUGAUGAAGAUUUAUUUGCACGAAUUCGACAAACGCUAUUUACUACGGCUCGUCGCCUUCCUUUUGUACAACGUAAAAUAAAUGAAGCACGUGCAGCUACAUUGAAAUCAGUUUGUGAUGAUAUGGCUAAAAGUAUUGCCGGACACGAAUUUACCACAGUUUUACCACAGCAAGGACUUUCUCAAGAAAAACUUAUACAGAAACUUGAAGAAUAUCGAAAAUUAGAGAAAUUUAGUUUUCAAUCAGGAAAAAUUUCUGGAUGCGUUUAUAAAUUAGCAAAACCUGAUAUGACUGAAAUCUAUAAUAAAGUGUUUGCUUUAUUUGGUGAAACAAACCCUCUUCAUGUCGACGUUUUUCCUGACAUACGUACAAUGGAAGCGGAAACUGUUCGAUGUGUAGCAACAAUGUUUCAUGGUGAUACAGACGUUUGUGGCACAAUGACAUCCGGUGGUACUGAAUCGAUAUUAAUGGCCUGUAAAACCUAUCGUGAUUUGGCAAUUGCAAAAGGCAUUAGCAAACCUGAAAUGUAA